UAUUGUUUUAAAAAUCAAAUCGUUUUUGAAGCAGAUAUGUUACAAAUUAUAUAAUUAUAAAAAAUCUUAGGAUGUUAAAAAAUUAGAAAUGACUACUUACUUAAAACCGAGAAGUUCCCUAGCUCGAGCUCUCUAUGAGAAACAAAAAAUUGAUGAUUACCUUACUCACUUUGAUAAGUCUCAGUGGUAUAAAUGUAACUUAACAAAACUUUCUUCUGAAAUAACAUCUCAUUUUGUCCAGCUAAAUGUUGAUGAAGAAACAUCGUGUUUUCUAAAACAAUCUGAAGAAAAAUCAGACUGGAUUUUCACACAGUUGUGGCAUAGUAUAGCAAAAGUUCUUUUAGGAUGGUUCAUGACACAAACAUCAGUAAAUGGGUGGUUGGAAAGGGGAUCAAUGUUUGUCUUAUCUCACCUACAAUUUUUAUCACUAAUGUCAUGUGAUGGAGAUUGGGACUCAAAUUCGUUACUUGAUUUAGGUGCAGGUGAUGGGAAAGUAACUGCAAAUUUAGCUCCUGCAUUCGAACAAGUUUUUGUAACAGAAGUAUCACAUGUAAUGAGAAAACAUCUUCAAAAACGUAAAUUCAAAGUAUUAGGAAUCGAAGACUGGCAGAGAAAUAACAAAUUCAAUGUAAUAUCAUGUCUUAAUCUAUUAGAUCGCUGUGAUAAACCACUAACACUAUUAAAAGACAUAAAAGAUACAUUGACACCUAAUGGAAGACUAAUAGUGGCCCUUGUAUUACCAUUUUCAUCAUAUGUAGAAACAGGUUCAUUAGACCACACACCUUCAGAAAAACUUCCAAUCAGGGGGAGUACGUUUGAAGAGCAGGUGGAGUGCAUAAUAAAUGACGUUUUUAAACCAUUAGGUUUUAUACUUUUAACAUGGUCAAAAGUUCCUUAUCUUUGUGAGGGAGACCUAAGACAGUCUUAUUACUGGCUAAACGACGCAAUAUUUAUUUUUAAAAACGCACAAUAAAUAGUAGUGAAAGGUAUUUGUAAUAUAUCUCUGUAUAUGUGUAUAGUAUGUUAGGAAUCAAUUUAUAUAGACAUAAUAUCGAAAACUAUUUGUCUGCGUGUUAU